AUGACAUCCUAUGCUGUGGAACCUUCCUGGACGACGAGGACGCCUGUGAGGCAGCGUUGGUCUCCCAGGAAAUCCACCCCGUCUCCCGUCAAGAAACGAUGGAAUUCGCCUACGAAACCGACUCCGCCGACGCCCACUUCGCUCCGCUUCCAUGACGACGACCAGCAGUACAGUCCUCGUCAUCACCACCGUGCAAAUACUCGCUCCUGGUCGCAAGAAGCUCGACUCUGGUUGUUAAAGAGUCGUCAGUGUAUUUUGAUGUGGAAGCGAUUGUUGGUCAUUGUCGGUACUUUGUCGGUCUCGACCGUGACUUUGAUGCGUCAACAACAGGAUUUCCAUGGACAACAAGAGUCCCUGAGGUAUAUGCAACACAGAUCUUUAGUAGAGUCUCAUCGAGAGCUCUAUCGAGAAUUGGAGUGGCAAAUGCCAUCUCGCAACGUUAUCACUGCCUUUCUGGCCCAACCUCCAGUAUUCAACUCCAAACCAAAAAUGGUCGGACUCCUCUGGCCUUCCACUCAUCAUUGGAAUGACUACUACUACAAGAACAACAAAAACAGCAAACAGAAGCAGGAAGAUCCAGCUGAAGAAUUGCUUUCCUUUUCUUCCAGUGUGGUAGUAACCAUUGAUCCCAAAGACUUUACCAUAGUCAAGGGCAUUGACAAGAGCCGAUUGCCGCGUCCAGGCGACCCUCCUACCAACUGGGCCAAGGUGGUUCAUGCCAUGCCUCGUCGUUCCGUCACAUUGGAGAUCAAUUACACAACACCAGAAGAACUAUCCGAAGAAGACGAAGAAGAUGCCGAAGAAGAGGCUAUGGACUGGCCCAUUCCAGAGGGCUGUGAAAUGCAAUACAAGUGGCAGUCCGAAUCCUUUCCUACUUGCAACAAUAUUCAUGAACAAGACAUUCGCGGGCAGUUGAGAGUGUCAACGGAGCAUUCUCAUCACGAGCUGCACAUUUCUCAUCAUCACGGACAUUCUCAUCAUCGUCAUUUGGAGGAAUCCAACAUGCAGGCUCGACUCUUGGCGGCGGGUGGAUAUCGCAAUGUCUGGAUGAUCCAUAACCACACGGACUUGGGGGGAGGCGUGCAGGAAAAUCCCAUUGCCCUCAAGACACUCCUGUUCGAACGAGAAUGGCAAGAAAAAUAUUUCAAGGUACACAACUUGGAUGCCUUGGUCUCGGAUCGACUGCAAAGCUCCCCCUUUAUCAUGGAUCUCUAUGCCUACUGUGGUACAUCGGGGCUCUACGAAUUUGCCAGUGAGGGCAACUUGUUGCAGUAUACCGAAAAGAACUUUGAAUUCUUUACCAGUCAAACCAAGCUCGAGUUGGCGUACAACGUUGCCAGGGCCAUUUCCGACUUGCACAACAUGGCCGAGGAAGGCAAGCCCGUGGUGGCACACACGGAUAUUUUCCCCAAUCAAUUUGUGCGCGAUGAUCCCAGCAUGCCCUUCAAGCUCAAUGAUUUCAACCGAGCCAGAUGGAUUCAUCUCCCCAAGAAGGAACCGUGGGUGGAUGCCAGUCAUGCAUUCAAUGCUUCGGCCGUCGCGAAAGACAAAGAAGCUUGUGGCUUUACCUUUGGCGCAAACCGAGGCAACUUUCGUUCUCCCGAAGAGUACACAUAUCGCCUGGAGACGGAAGCCAUUGAUGUCUUUAGCAUGGGCAACAUUUUGUACUUUUUGUUGACGGGAGACUUUCCCUUUGAUGGCGCGGAAAGGGAAACUGUGAGGCACUACUUGAAGCAUGGUCGUCGACAACACAUUCCAGAUGAGUACAAGACUUCGGAAGACCCUCUCAUUCAAGCCAUUGUCAAGAGCAUUCGCAUUUCAUGGAUCCAUGAACCUAGUCAACGAGCCACGGCCCGUCAAGUGGAGAAGAUCCUUCGUAGGACGAUGAUUGAGAACGAUUUGUGGCAGGAAUGA